CCCGGAGGCUUAGCCGGCCCUGUCCCUUGGCUGCCGGUGGCUGGGAGAAUGCUGCGGGCGGCAAGGGUCCCCUGGCCGGGCUCCAGGGCCUGCGGGCGGCGGGGCUUGGCCUCCGGACAGGUUUCAAGACACUUGUUGGUCUUCCAAGCAGAAAUCAAGAUUCCUGAAUCUCUCCUCUAGAAACUGAGAUGGGCCUGGUUUUGUGGAGGCUGGUUGCUUGGUCAGACUGAACAGGCAGUGGUCACUGGAAACCAGAUAAGUUGAGAAAUCUUCCUUCUAGGAUGUGAGGCAGAAAAGCUCCCUGCAAAACCAGCAACCCACAAGUGGCAUUACUCCCCCUUCCUUUUGCCAGAGGGCCAGGGAGGCACUAACCUGGAGAAAGGAAAGGCGAUGUCCAUAGGAUACCCUGAAGAAGACACCUCUCUAUGACUUCCACCGGCACCAUGGUGGGAAAAUGGUGGCCUUUGCAGGCUGGAGUCUCCCUGUACAGUAUACACACAGCCACCUGGAGUCCCAUCUGCACACACGUCAGCAGUGCUCUCUCUUUGAUGUGUCUCACAUGCUGCAGACUAAAGUAUUUGGCAGAGACCGGGUCAAGUUCCUAGAAAGCCUAGUGGUUGGAGACAUUGCAGAACUGAAACCUAAUCAGGGCACUCUCUCUCUGUUCACCAAUGAAAAAGGAGGCAUCAUAGAUGACUUGAUUGUGACCAGCACUUCAGAGGAGCACCUCUAUGUGGUCUCUAAUGCAGGUUGCAUGAAGAAGGAUUUAGCUCUCAUGCAGAACAAGGCCAAGGAAAUGAAAGCAUCUGGCUGUGAUGUCGACUUGGAAGUUUCAGAGAAUGCAUUGAUCGCUCUGCAAGGUCCUGCCAUGUCCCAAGUGCUCCAGGCAGGGGUGUCGGACAGUCUGGCUAAGCUGCCCUUCAUGAGCAGUGCUGUGAUGGCUGUAUUUGGAGUGCAGGGCUGCCGGGUGACACGUUGCGGCUAUACGGGAGAGGAUGGUGUAGAGAUCUCUGUCCCUGCAAGCCGAGUGGUGGAGCUGGCUGAGCUACUCCUCAGGGACCCCACAGUGUGGCUGGCUGGACUUGCUGCUCGGGAUAGUUUGCGCUUGGAGGCAGGAUUGUGUCUUUAUGGAAAUGACAUUGAUGAAAGCACAACCCCUGUGGAAGCCAGUCUGAUCUGGACCCUUGGAAAACGUCGUCGUGUUGCCAUGGAUUUCCCUGGUGCAUCCGUCAUUUUGGCCCAAAUCAAAGAGAAGCCUAAGAGGAAACGGGUGGGGCUGACCUCCACAGGGCCUCCCAUCCGGCAACACAUGCUUAUUCUUGGGCCACACAGCAAGGCUAUUGGUGAGGUUACCAGUGGAUGCCCCUCCCCCUGUCUGCAGAAGAACAUUGCCAUGGCCUAUGUGGAGAGUGAACAUAGCAAGCUGGGCACAAGCCUCACAGUAGAGGUGAGGAAGAAGAGCUGCUCAGCUCUAGUCACCAAGAUGCCUUUCGUUCCCACCCAUUACUACACAGCAAAAUGAGCUGUUGCUAGGUUAGCCUUUGUUUUACAUAUGAUCUAUACUACAAUGAAAGAACCAUGUACUUCUUCAGGGGCAAAAUCAUUGUAUCUGAAGACAACCCAGUGCCUGCCUGCCCCACCCACUCUUUCUGAGGGGAGAAGAAAGGAAAACCACUUUAGACUGCAGAUGAAGACAGGCUUCCUGAAACCUUAACAACCAUGGGGAUCCAAAAGCACACUUGAGAAAUAAUCUCUUUGGGCUACCAGGUGACCCUGCCAGUUGUAAAGCCCUACCAGUUUAUUAGCUUAUUCCUUUCAGAAAGCAAAAUGCUUCUGUAAUACAUGUAUGUAGAAAUGUUUCAGUCCCAACUGGCAUUUUUACUGCACUUUCAUUUUCCAGGAUACAAGGGAAGAAAUCUUGAUUACCUUUGGGAUAAAGUAGACCUGCUUAUUAAAAUAUGAGCAGUGCA